AUGUCUUUGACAAUCGACCCACCAGCGGCAGCGGUUCCAGCAGCCGGAGGCAAAUCCACACACACGUUGGCAAAUUCUGGUGAAGCGAAGGUGAUCUUCAAGGUAAAAUGUUCUAACAACACCGACUAUCGCCUCAAGCCCGUUUUUGGAUUCGUCGAUCCAGCUGGGACUGCACCACUUGAGAUUACACGCACGAGUGGAGCACCGAAGGAAGACAAACUGGUGAUUCAAUGGGCACCAGCGCCUGCAGAUGCGACUGACGCACAGGCAGCAUUUCCAAGCGUUCCGGCCGAUCAGCUUCAAUCGCUCACUGUACCAAUUUCGGCCACUUGA